AUGCGUUUCACUGCUUCUGCUCUUGUUAUCGGCUCGGUGGCAUCCCUAGCCUCGGCCGUUGCCAAACCGGACUUCAGCUUUCCCGACGCUGUCCCUAUGGCGAAGCGAUAUGCCAUCCAGAACUCCGCCAAGGAUGGCUACUGUCGGGACCAGUCCUGGGCGAAGCUCCUGGACGACUGCCUCAACUGUGCCCUCAAGUACAAUAUCUGGCGGUGGUAUGGCGACAAGGUCAGCGUCGCCGCCGGGAAGUGUGGUCUUGAUGCGACUCCCAAGCCCGUUGAGGACGGCGGUUCAUCCCAGGUUAGAUCGGAGACCGCAGCUCCCAGCACUGCUCCCAUCACCACGGAAGCUCAGCAUACGAACGCUCCGGGCCAGACUACCCAUGCGGAGAGCCGUUCGGUUUCGGGACCAGUGACGCCUACUUCUGCCGUUCAAACCACCGCGGCGCCUACUGUAGCCCAUGGUCACAAUUCUACCGCCAGUCAUGCUCCAACCAUCACCGCCGGGGCAUCGCAAAACAUGCUUUCCGAUCAUGUCGUACCUGCAGUGGCCGUUCUGGUUGCCGCCAACAUGUUCUAA